AUGAGUAACAUUUUAUAUUCUGUCAUUGAUAAUUAUGAUAACGUAUUACAGUCAACAAGAGGGGAUUCAUGGCUUUUCAUGUCAAAUCCAAUUUCAAUUUUUUUAAUACUUGUCGGUUAUUUAUAUUUCGUUUUAAAAUUGGGUCCGGAAUUAAUGGAAAAAAGAAAACCUUACAAUAUGAAAUUAUUAUUAAUUACAUAUAAUUUAUAUCAAGUACUUUUUAACUUGGGGUUAGCAUCAGUGCCCAUUAGAAUGGGUUUGAUGGGAAAUUUAUUUUUAAGUGUAUGUCAUAGGUCAAUACCAAAAGAUGGUUAUUUUGCCAGCGAAUUAUCCAGGGGAGCCUGGUGGUAUUUUAUAUCAAAAGUUGUCGAUUUAUUAGAUACUGUUUUUUUCGUUUUAAGAAAAAAACAAAAUCAAGUUACUUUCCUCCACGUUUAUCAUCAUACGGUUACUUGUUUAUUUUCAUGGGGAUACCUUAAAUAUUUACCAGGUGAACAAGGGAUUUUUAUCGGAUUUUUAAAUUCGUCCGUUCAUGUUUUUAUGUAUGCAUAUUAUAUGAUUGCUGCCAUGGGACCAAAAUACGUUAAAUAUUUAUGGUGGAAAAAAUACAUAACGUGGAUACAAUUAGUUCAGUUUUGCAUUAUGCUUGUGUACCUUUCAUCCCUCAUUGUUUUAGAUUGUCAACUUCCAAAAGCGUUGACAUUUUUUUUCACCGUUAACGUUACCAUUUUUUUAUAUCUUUUCAUACAAUUUUAUAGGAAAGCAUAUUUUAAAAAGUCACGUGACAUGUAA